AUGGCGCGCACGAAGCAAAAGCAAGGUCGUUCUGUCGUUAAAUUAUUCGGCAAACAGCCGCGUAUAUCGCUGCAUGCGAAGGCAGCUCGCAAGACGCUGAAGACGGCACCCCGAACUGGAGGCGUGAAAAAGCCUUUUCGAUAUAAACUAGGUACUGUGGCUCUUCGAGAGAUACGGCGAUAUCAGAGAUCCACCGAAAUGCUCAUCCGAAAACUGCCAUUCCAACGCCUUGUUCGAGAAAUUGCCCAUGAUAUCACACCGGCCCUCCGAUUUCAGUCAUCUGCCAUUGGAGCCCUCCAAGAAGCUACCGAAGCAUACCUCGUGUCAAUCUUUGAAGACACUAAUCUGUGUGCAAUUCACGCCAAACGUGUCACGAUUCAGUCUAAGGAUAUGCAAUUGGCACGACGCCUACGUGGUGAAAACAUCGACUACAGUCGAUAA